UUUUGCCCUUGGCUGCUACGUCCUCCCGGAUAACAGAAACGCGCCGGACGCGGAGCUGAAACGGCCUCGACCGCGAGAAGCUUCCACGAAACCUCCCUCCAAGAAUCGUCCCAAGUCCCCACUAGCCGAGCGCCCCUUGACGCGGUCGUCACGUCCGGCUUCAUCGGUCCCUCCUUCGUAGAAGCUGUUAAAAAGAAAAUUAUUUUUUUAAUGAUUUUAAGAAGUACGAUGCUAUUAAAAAGGAGAGACGGCUUCUCCUUGUGGCUCGCAAAGAAGAAAGCAAGAAAAGAAAAAAACAAAACGAGAGAGUGAUGGCGGAGGAAGGGGAUCCGAAGGCGGCGGGGGAGAUGGAGUACGAAGACUUGAUGCCGACGAUGGCGGAGAAGCUGGAGGCGGAGGAGUUCGUGAGGGAGCUGUGCGGGGGGUUCAGGCUGCUGGCGGACCCGGGGAGGGGGCUGAUAACGGCGGAGAGCCUGCGGCGGAACGCGGCGGCGCUGGGGAUGGCGGGGAUGACGGCGGAGGACGCGGCGGCGAUGGUGAGGGAGGGGGAUCUCGAUGGCGACGGGGCGCUCAACGAGACGGAGUUCUGCAUCCUGAUGGUGCGGCUGAGCCCCGGGAUGAUGGAGGACGCCGAGGCCUGGCUCGAGAAGGCGAUCGCCAGGGAGCUCGUCAGACCCUCCUCUUCGGCCUAAUUUUAUUUUGUUUAAAUUUAAUUGUGGAACGAGGUAGAAGAUGAAGAAAAUAGAUUCGAUAGUUUUAUUACAUGGCUAAUUGAGUCCUUUUGUACUUCUGUAUGUUUGGAUUUGAGAUGUAUUUGGUGGUUUAGUGGAUAGAGUAAUUUUUUCCAAACACUAGCUUUCAUUUUUUUGCACUUUUUUUUAACAAGAGAUCUCUGAAUGCCCCA